CUCUCUCCUGAAACUCCAAGGCGGCGAUCGCCAUGGCGACUUGAGGCGAGGUUAUAAAGCGGCUCCGGGGAGUCGGCGCCUGGAGUCGCCGUCGGGCCAUGAGCCGCGGGGGGUACGAGCAGCAAGCCAUGCUGCGGCCGCGGGACCUUGGCCCGGGGGCGUCGACGCGCACUUUCCUGGAGGCCAUGAGCGCGGGCCGCCUGCACCUGGCGCGCUUCGUGCUGGACGCCGUGGACGGCACCAUCGUGGACUGCCGAGCCGACCGCGGCCGCACGCCGCUCAUGUACGCCGUGGCGCUCAAGGACCCCGCGUGGCGAGUGGCCUUCGCCAGGCUGCUGCUGGAGCGCCGCGCCGCCGUCGACCUGCGCGACGACGCCGGGCGGAGCGCGCUGAGCCUGGCCUGCGAGAGGGGCUACCUGGACGUCACCAAGCUGCUGGUCCAGUACGGCGCCGACCCGGACGCGGCCGACUCGCGAGGCUGGAACCCGCUCAUGUACGCCGCGUGGCAGGGCCGCGCGCCCGUCGUCGAGUGGCUGCUGCGCUCCUUCCGACGCCUCGGCCUUUGCCUCGAGCGCGCCGACCGUGCCGGGCGCACCGCGCUGCAGCUGGCCGCCAGCGAGGGCCACGGGCGCUGCGUGCGGGCGUUGCGGGCCUCCGGAGCCUUGAUCCUCGAGCUCCCCGAGCCGGCGGCGCCUCCCGGCGGCGACCCACCGGCUGCUCGGUCGCCUCGCGGGGACGGCGGCGCCCACAGGUGGGAGCAGGACGACGACGAGGAGGAGAAGCAACGGGGUCCAGACGCCGCAGCAGCGCAGCCCGGCUCCGACGCGGGGAAAGGGAGCGCCUCGCUGCGAGGCCGCCCGCUGAUCCGCAGGGCCACUGCGCCCGACUGCCAGAGCCUGCUCGGCUACUAG